AUGGAUGCAUCAAACAAAGCUGAAAUUUUGAAGAAGGUAUAUAAGCAAGUAGAGGCUGAUAAGAAUGGAGAAGAAGAUGAAGACUUGGAGGAAGGUUUCUCUGAACUUGAAGGUCCAACUGCCUCUGGUGCCAUUCUAGAAGAUAAUGGUGGAGAUGAUAAUGACGAUGAACUAAUUUCGGGGCUAGAGCUAUCUGAAGAGGAGUCUUCAGAUGACGGCAUGCAAGGGACACAAAAUGAGUUGGAGGUAUUAGAUAAUGAGACCGUUGUUGCUGAGAAGGUAUCUUCAAGACAGAUGGAUACUUUAGCAUUGGCCUGUUCUAUCUUAGAUGCUCCGCUUAUUCUCUUGGCAAGUUUUUUGGAUAAAUAG